UUCGAGCAUAUAUUUGUAAUUGGGCUCAGUGAUCGGACGGAUAAGCGCGAUACAAUCACCUUGGUGUCUUCGUUUCUAGGGGUAGACGUGGAGUGGAUUGAAGGUGUCAAACAAGAUGACAUCAACCCCAAAGCCUACCCAUCCAAACCUGGACAUCAUCUCCUCGACCGACCAAAUACUCUCGGCUCGUGGCGUGCUCAUAUGAACGCAUUACAAACGAUGAUCGCCCGAGGUUAUAGCAGUGCUCUUAUUCUCGAGGAUGAUUCUGAUUGGGAUGUGACAUUCAAAGAUCAAAUGGUGGAAUUUGCUCGCGGAACACGUGCUAUUUCAACAAAGCAAGAUAACCCACUCUCGCCUUAUGGUGAUUCUUGGGAUCUUCUAUGGUUAGGACAUUGUUCCUCGCGUGCUAAGAAGGGGCCUUAUUGGAAGAUACCCAAUGAUCCUACUGUCGCACCUUUACAGUAUAGGACUGGAUUCAAACAUCCGAGUAUGAUUGAGGAUUCCGAUGCGGCCUUUUCACGCUACAUAUAUUCGGCUGAGGACUUACUGUGCAGUUACGGCAUUGCAUGGACAUUCAACGCAGCGCGUAAUGCCCUUGCCCGUAUGUCCAUGCUUGAACUUGAUGUGACCGCUGCCGAUGUGGGAUUUCAUAUUGCCUGUAACGGUGGACUUAGAUGUCUGACAUCGGAACCAGCUUUGAUUGGAAGCUAUCGGCGAGCAGGACCUCCACAGGCAGACUCGGACAUAGAGGUAUUUGAUUCGACGGAAUGGCACGAGGCUGGAUCUGGACACAUCGUCUGGAGCUCUGCUCUUAACGCUUUGCGGUUAGCGGCAGGGUUACCAGUGAAGGCACAGUGGCCAGAGGUUACUCCGCCGGAAAUUGAUCCAAUCAAGCUCAAAAUACCCAAGGGCCACUUGGAACAUCUCUCCUGA